CCUUCCAUACCGGCCGUCUCCCCUCUCUCGCUCGACCUUUGUCAAAGGAAACGCUGCCGGUCCCGAUCCCCAUUCCUCGCUUCGACGCCGCACACCGGGCCGUGCCGCGUCGCUCCUCCGCUCCGAUCAUCGCUAUAAAUACACGCACGUCCGGCCAUUGGAGUUGGAGGAGGUUCCAUUCCAUUCUGUUGUCUAGCUUCGUUGCCCCACCGACACCGGCCAGCCCCAGCUUUGCUUCUUCUUCCUCCUCUUCCGCAGCUCAUUCUGUGACUGUCUGCUCUUCUCCGUGCUGAAGCUUAUGGCGAAGGCGAGGAGGAGGCGUCGCGUGCCGGCGUUCGGGGAGUGGAACUACAACUACCACCACGACGCGCCGGAGGGGGCAGCGGCACCGCCGCCGGCCGUUGUUGCACCGGCCGCGUGCUACGCCGCCACGCCGGAGCCGGACGCCUGCAGCGACGUGUGGUUCAGGUACUCGCCGCCCCCGCGCAAGCCCACGCCCACGCCCAAGAAGCAGGCGAGGAGGCAGCCCGAGGGCAACGUGUCCCGGGCGUCCUCGGACGCAGCCGCGGCCAAGAGCGGCGGCUCCAGGAGGGUGGUGCGGCCGGUCGACGUGGACCUUUACCAGGUGCCACCACCGCCGGAGCUCGCCCCCCACCGGCGUCCAAUGAAGACGAGGAGCCUGUGGAUGGGAUGCCUGGGCCUCAACUCAUGCGUCGACUGAACCCAAACAUGUCGCGAUGAUGGAUGGGAUGCUGCGUGCGUAGUGUUUAUUUGCCAUUUGUGGUUGAUAUACCCCUACUUACCAUAGUUCUGUCUGCCCCGUUGGUAACAUAGGUGGUUUUCGAAUCUGAAUGUAAUUUCUAUUAUGUUUGAUGUGCUUCGUACUUUGUUUGCACUUCCGGUGAAGUUCGAUAAUAGAUCUAAAUCAUUUGCGCAAGAGAACAUAGAACGUAUAGUUCCGUCUCUCUCUCCGAGCGCAUGCGCUCUCUUGGCUUGUGGUAAGAUGGUGCAUGGUUAGAGUUUCUUCCCUUCAUCUUGUGUAACGUGGCAACAUCUUUGUCUUUGUGCUACUAGUACCCUGGUUACCUGAAA